GACAAGGAGGUCAUUCUGGCGGAGAUGGGGGCGGCGUUCGAGCACGAGGACCCCUUGCCCAUCGCCGAGGAUGGGGCCACCGGCGGAGGCGUGCAAGAUGUCUUCUGCAAGCAGAAGGCCGCCGCAGCGCUUCAGGAUCAGAAUGUGUACCGGGCAAGCAUCAGUGUGUGGUGGCUGCAGUUGAUUCCCAACCACUCGCCAGGCAUUCCGCUCAACCGUGCAAGGGUUGAAGCCAUGCGGGACUUCUAUUAUGGCACUGACAAUGAGCCUCGCUUCCUCACACAGAGGAUGAUCGAAGUCAUGGCCCCUGAUGACUUGAGUGCCCCACGCAAGCUCGUGAUGGUUUCUCCAGAAGAGCUGGUUCACUGUCUGUUGUUGGCUUUCGCAGACAGCAUACGCAGGUCCGACGAGCUCUCGAAGGCAGACUGGGACAAGAAGAAGGCCAGGUGGAGAGCAGUGAUGCUCUCAGUGCCAGCAGCUUUCAUGAAGCUUCCUGACAAUGUCAGUGCCGAUUGGGCACUCGCCUUUAAUCGACGUCAGGCGGUGCACCAGGACCAUGAGAGCCUCAGCAGGACAGGACUGCAGCAAGUGAUGGAGAUUAUGCUCCUCAAAGGGAAGAUUGAAGCGGCAGAACCCCCAGAGAGAAAGAUGUCGCUCAAGGCAGAAGAGCUCCUGGCGAAGUUGAAAAGCGCCGGUCUGCAAAACGUGAAGUACGGUGGCCGUGCCGGUGACAAAGACGAAGGAGACGGACCAGGAGCCCUGACCGUCAACAUGAUCGACAACUGCAUCAACGUGCACUCCAAGCUUCUGGGCAACAACAGAAUUGUGGAAAUAAUUCUUGAGAAUGAGGACAGGUAUGGUUCCGCCUCCUUUGCGCACCAGUUGUCCACCCUGGCUGCCGUCGCCGCCAAGUGCACCAACAUGUCGAUGCGUGAGUGGGUGAUGGAGUCCAUUGUUGAUGCCGUGACCUUUGACGUGAAAUCUUCCAACGCUGACUACACCAAGAGCUCGAUCAGUGGCGACAAGACCCACGCCGGGUGGGCGGCUCUUUACGAGUUGAAGUUCGAGGUGAUGAAGCACUUCUUACACUCCGUGCUGCCCACAACAACCAUGUCCCCGAAAGACCUAGGCAUCCUCAAGUCGCGGCUCGGCUCGCACAAGUGCUACCGCGAAGGCAAGGAUGACGUGAGCUGGAAAUCCCACUUGUCGCCAAGCGGGAUAGCUGUUUAUGAGUUCCUUGAGGAAUUGGUGUUUGAGAAGGUCUUUGACUCCAGUCUCAGAAUGUCUGCCAAGCAGGGCGGGGGAGCAGACCAGGUACUGGAACACCAGCAGGUCAAAAGCCGUUGGGAUGACAUCGUCUUGAUGCUGAAGAAAGAGAAGGAGGAGCGCGAUGCUGCUGAAAAGCUGCGAAAGGAGGAGGCCACGGCAGCCGGGGAGGACGGCGACAGGCAUGACGCGGAUGAGACGACCAAGGCAGUUAAUGCAGCCAGAGCCGCUCCAACGUCCCUGGCCAAGGGAACCCCGGCCUAUUGGCGGGCCGUAGCGAACGGAACAGUUCGCAGCUACGUGACGUUCGCAGUAGAACCGAAGACCCAGGACCAAGUUGCAACCAUUGUGUCGCAGUCUAGCCUCAAGGAUCUCGAUUUGGAGACCGGGGAGAAGGCCGUCAUGGUGUUCCUUGACGUUGAGAACCUCGGCGAGAGCAUGGGGCCAAACUGCCAGAAAUUCUUGAGGCGCAAGUUCGGGGUCACGGACAAGCUGCUCCGGAAGCUUGUUCAUGGGGCCAUGUCAGGCCGAGGAUCACAAAAGCGGAACGACGAAGGCGAGGUAACCGUGCCAGUCGAGACUGACAUCGUUUGCAUCCACACAGGCACUGACCGCGCGUCAGCGGACAAGGAGGCGAAGAACCUCUUCAAGUUGUCCACGUCCAAAGCCGGGCCGGACUGCGACAUCAAGGAGGUUAACCUGAUCUUUAACGAUUCCUCAAUCAGGAGCAGAAGGAGGAUCAACCGCAGGACCGCUUACAGCGUCGUGUCCAACUUGACGUUGGCGACCCAAGUGCCCAUGAUCCCUCGUGUCAUCAAGGAGAAGAAGUACACCGCGUACGCCGCCCACAACUCCUCGGACUGCAUAGCUCUGGUCAUGGCUCUUCAGCCAGCAGACAUGUGGCAUCUUCCCAGGACCGAGAAGGAGCAGGUUCUGACAAAUGAGCGCUCUGUGACUGCAGCUGCCAUCGAGAAGUCUGCGGCCGAAGCCGAGAAUGACGAAGCGGAGCAGGGUCAGGACGAGACGGUCUUUUCAGCCGCGUGCCUGACGAAGGAAUUCUUCACAGAAUUUCUUCGGUGUCACAGCGCGGCUGGCGCUGUGGACCUGGCUAUAGGGCAAGGCGAAUGCCUGAAAGCAUGCUUGGCGCUCCGCAUUCCAGCGGUAGGAAUUGCCCUGAGCGACCCACAUUCCAAGCAUGUGGAGUUGGCCCUGACGGAGUAUGUGCUGAAGCAGAUGAGCACGGAAGGAUCCACGUUCUAUCGUGCGGAAGCGGCACAAGCGCUUGGCGAGGCAGCCGCGACGGAGAAGAAGAAGAAGAAGAAUGACGAUGAUGGUGACGACGAGACCCAGCCGAUGAAGAAGCCUAGGUCCAAGAAAACCGCGAAGCCGAAGAAGCAGAAGGAGGGCCAGGAGGACGACGAGGAUGAUGCUGACGAAAAGGACGAGCCCAAGAAGAAGUCCGAUAACAAAAAGAAGCGCAAGAAGCAGGAUGAGAGUGACGGGGGCGAGAGUUCAUCCAGCCUUCCGUGGAAGUGA